GCCGGAGCCAUCUUGGCAUAUGCACAGUCCGCAGGCUCCGGUCCGAGUCCCCUUCCGUGCGCGGAGCGGCAGGUGCCUGGGUGGGACAAGAGCGGCGAAGCCGGGAGGGCGGGCAGGCCAUGCCUCGGGGGUGCCAUGGACCCGCGGCAGGGGUGUUCCCUUAACAGAUGCCACCCCCAUCCAGGUCAAGGAUAUGAGCACAGGAAGCACAGACACCAGCAGCCGGGGCCGGGAUCUUAUUCUGAUUUCCAGCUCAAGCAAAUAGAGUUUCUCAAGGGUCAAGUCACAGAAGUACCCCUGAUUGGAAAGCAGACUGCAGCACCACCACCACCUGUCCUCCUAGGACCCUGGCCAAGGUUUCCAGAACCACCUGUCUGGUACAGGCAGCUGGAGAGCUGGGGUGUCCCUAGGACAGUACAUCUCACAAGUCAGAAACUCCAUAGAGGAUUCCAGCAUCCCACACUGCGUGGCAGGGUUCUGCCAUGGAGAGGUGUCGAUAGGCUUUCCUCACGUUUCCAGGAACUAAGUAUCAACCAAGAUCAGGAACAAAGGAUCUUAAAGCUCCUGGAGGAGCUCAGGGAAGGGAAGGCCACGACAGCACAUGAUCUGGCUGGGAAACUUGGAGUCCCAAAGAAGGAAGUCAAUCGAGUUUUGUACUCUCUGGCCAACAAGGGUAAGCUGUACCAGGAGGCAGGAAAGCCCCCUUUGUGGAGAGUUGCAGUCUCAGUUCAGGCUGAGAACCAGCAGAGUGAAGUAGUGAGACCAGACAGGUGUAGCCAGAGAGCCCCAGACUCGGGCCCCAACUCGGACACUGAAGAUAGAAAGCCCACGUCUAUCUCAGAAGAUCUUCUUGACCCUUUUGAGAUGGCUGAAAUCAAGGAGAGAAUCUGUGACUACCUGUUCAAUGUGUCUGACUCUUCUGCCCUGAAUUUAGCUAAAAAUAUUGGCCUCACCAAGGCCCGAGAUGUGAAUGCCAUGCUGAUUGACCUGGAAAGGCAGGGGGACGUCUACAGGCAAGGGACAACCCCUCCCAUAUGGUAUCUGACAGACAAGAAGCGAGAGAGGAUGCAAAUGAAGAGAAACACAAACAGCUUUCCUGAAACCACUCUGGCUGCUAUUGCAGAGACCAAAAGAAACACAGAGUUCCCCACCUGUAACUUACUGAUGCCAAAUGUCUCCAGUAACAUGGUCACCACAGAACAAGUGGAGAAUGGGCAAGCACCUCUCAUAAAGUUAGAAGACAGACAGGUGGCUAGACCAGAACCUGUAAAAUUGAAACCACCCGUUCAUAGCAAUGGCCCCUCAAAAGCAGGGUCUGUUGACCUCGAAAAGGGCCAGUGGGCCACAGAUGAUAUCCCAGAUGACUUGAAUAGCAUCCAUGCACCACCAGGUGAGUUCCGCGCCAUCAUGGAGAUGCCCUCCUUCUACAGUCAGAACUUGCCACGGUGCUCCAUCUACAAGAAACUGACAGAGUGCCGGCUGAAGAACCCUGUCAGUGGGCUGCUGGAGUAUUCUCAGUUCGUCAAUCAGGUCUGUGAGUUCAACUUGAUAGACCAGAGUGGACCGCCCCAUGAACCACGAUUUAAAUUCCAGGUUGUCAUGAGUGGCCGGGAGUUUCCCCCAGCAGAAGCUGGCAGCAAGAAAGUGGCCAAGCAGGAUGCGGCUAUGAAAGCCCUGAGAAUUCUGCUUGAGGAGGCCAAAGGCAAGGACAGUGGGAAAUCCGAAGAACCGUCCCACCAUUCCGCAGAGAAAGAAUUGGAGAAGAUUGCAGAGCCCCAGCCCGCCACCCCUUCAGCAGCACCAUUAUUUCCUGGGAAGAGCCCUGUCACUGCACUGCUCGAGUGCGUGCACAAACUGGGCAGCUCCUGUGAAUUCCGCCUCCUGUCCAAAGAAGGCCCUGCCCAUGACCCCAAAUUCCAAUACUGUGUUGCAGUGGGAGCCCAGACUUUUCCCACAGUGAGUGCCCCCAGCAAGAAAGUGGCAAAGCAGAUGGCUGCAGAGGAAGCCAUAAAGGCCCUGCACGGGGAGGCGACCAGCUCUGAUGACCAGCCUGGAGACACAAACACAGAAUCCUGUGAGAACUUGGAGUCUGUGGUGCCUGGCAAAGUUCGGCGGAUUAAUGAGCUUGUCAAGUACCUGAACACCAACCCUGUGGGUGGCCUGCUGGAGUAUGCUCGCUCCCAUGGCUUUGCUGCCGAAUUCAAGUUGGUUGACCAGUCUGGACCUCCUCAUGAGCCCAAGUUUGUUUACCAAGCAAAAGUUGGCGGUCGCUGGUUCCCAGCUGUGUGUGCACACAGCAAGAAGCAGGGCAAGCAGGAGGCAGCAGAUGCCGCUCUCCGUGUGCUGAUUGGGGAGAACGAGAAGGCAGAACGCAUGGGUUUCACAGAGGUAACCCCAGUGACAGGGGCCAGUCUCAGAAGAACUUUGCUCCUCCUCUCAAGGUCCCCAGAAGCACAGCCUAAGACACUCCCGCUCACUGGCAGCACUUUCCACGACCAGAUAGCCAUGCUGAGCCACCGCUGCUUCAACACCCUGACUAACAGUUUUGAGCCAUCCUUGCUUGGCCGUAAGAUCCUGGCCGCCAUCGUCAUGAAGAAAGACUCUGAGGACAUGGGUGUUGUAGUAAGCCUGGGGACCGGAAAUCGGUGUGUGAAGGGAGACUCCCUCAGCCUGAAGGGAGAAACUGUCAAUGACUGCCACGCAGAGAUCAUCUCCCGGAGGGGCUUCAUCAGAUUUCUCUACAGUGAAUUAAUGAAAUACAACUCCCAGACAGCAAGGGACAGCAUAUUUGAACUCGCUAGGGGAGGAGAAAAGCUCCAGAUAAAGAAGACUGUGUCAUUCCACCUCUAUAUCAGCACUGCGCCCUGUGGAGACGGUGCCCUCUUCGACAAGUCCUGCAGUGACCGGGCCAUGGAAAACAUAGACUCCUCCCACCACCCUGUCUUUGAGAAUCCCAAACAAGGCAAGCUCCGUACCAAGGUAGAGAAUGGGGAGGGCACAAUCCCUGUGGAGUCCAGCGACAUUGUGCCUACGUGGGAUGGCAUUCGGCUCGGGGAGAGACUCCGUACCAUGUCCUGUAGUGACAAAAUCCUACGCUGGAACGUGCUGGGCCUACAAGGGGCACUGUUAACUCACUUCCUACAGCCUGUGUAUCUCAAAUCUGUCACAUUAGGUUACCUUUUCAGCCAAGGGCAUCUGACCCGUGCUAUUUGCUGUCGUAUGACGAGAGAUGGGAGUGCAUUUGAGGAUGGACUACGAUACCCCUUUACUGUCAACCACCCUAAGGUUGGCCGAGUCAGUGUAUAUGAUUCCAAAAGGCAAUCUGGGAAGACAAAGGAGACAAGUGUCAACUGGUGUCUGGCCGAUGGCUAUGACCUAGAGAUCCUGGACGGCACCAGAGGCACCGUGGAUGGGCCACGGAAUGAAUUGUCCCGGGUCUCUAAAAAGAACAUUUUUCUUCUAUUUAAGAAGCUCUGCUCCUUCCGUUACCGCAGGGAUCUACUGAAACUCUCCUAUGGUGAGGCCAAGAAAGCUGCCCGAGACUAUGAGAUAGCCAAGAACUACUUCAAAAAAGGCCUGAAGGAUAUGGGCUAUGGGAACUGGAUAAGCAAGCCCCAGGAGGAAAAGAACUUUUAUCUCUGCCCAGUAUAGCAUGAUUCAGUGACAGGUGGAUUGGGGUGAGAGAGGUAGGAUUUGCAUUCCUUGUUAUGUUGGUCAGAGGGUAUAUUUCUCCUCCUUUCCUCCCCCACCCACACCUGGGUUAAGUUUUACUUGUCCUGCUUUCUUGGGGAUUGCAAGGCAGGGUCUAGUCAGGCCCCUAUCUCUUUUCCUAUGUGAUGAGUCAGAGACUUAGGGGAGAGAAAAGGGGUCACCUUUUCCUUCCCCAAAAAGCAAAAGCAGUCACUGAGCCCCUGUAGCCUAUUUCCUCUAAAUUGUUUUAUUUUUUUCCUUUUCCUUUGUGUUUACUGCACUGAUCUCUUGAUCAGGCCUGGUCAACUCUGUGCAUCAUGUCAGGGACUUAGGACUCAUUUGUGAAUUCUGCAGACCCCUCUACUUCCCUCUCCCCCCUUCUGAGGUUACUUCCUUGUUAUCAAAGUUUCUCUGUUUCCUCCCCAAGAGGAUAAAGACGUGAACUUAAAAGAA